CAGGAGAGGUUCGGCUAUGCGACUCAAUUAUGGCACCGCGACCUCCCCGACGUGAACGUGAUCAUCGACCCGAACCACAAGUCCUACUUCCUGUACCUACCCAGCGUAGACGUCGUCGACGUCGACGAGGAAAACAUGGUCUUCCUCGAGCGGGACGUGAACCGCGUCACCGACAUCACGAAGCUCCUCAUGGGCUGCACCAUGUUCACGAUCAUCGAAGUCAUGAGCAGGUUCUUCGACUCCGCGCCGCAAACGUGGCGGGCGAAGCUGACGUUCUAUGAGACGUAUUAUAUGCCGAAGGUGGAUGGGGCGAGAUGGGAUAUAUUGGAAGUGCCGGGAGACGAAGGCACGUCUAUGGUCAUUGUCGUAGUCCCCCCGUGGCAGUUUGAUUAUAACGAAUUCUGUGAAUUUACGCGAGAGGGCGUGCAAGGAAAAGAGUCGCUGGAGUUAUCUCCAGAUGCUACACCACAUCAUGCAUGCACCAUCUUAUGGGCACUGCUCUGGGACCUGUGCGCUCCGGGAAAUACACAGUACUUUGUCGUUACCACGUAUCAUCACUGGGCGUUUGGUAACUUUAGCAAAGACUGCCGCGUCGCAACGGUGACGGAACCCAUCGAGGCCUAUGUAUCCAACAUCGACAGUACCCCCUCAACCAUCCCUACGCCCAAUAUCAUCCAGAUGCUGAUGUUCUGGAUGGGCUCGUCCCUCGGGGCUGGUCUUCCUCGCGAUAAAUGGGUGCUUCCCACCGAUGACAUCGCGGAUAGGCUCCCGGCUCAGCUCCGUUGAUUCUGGUUGGAACUUGAACGUUGUGAUCCAUUUGGAUGUUUGGACGUGUUCAUCGAUUCUCAGAGGGUCUGUGCUUUACCAUCUGAUAAGUACCUGAUAUGCUGCAUGUCAUAUGAUUAUGGAGGAUUUAUGGAGUAGGAAAUAUUGUCUACUUGAAAUCUAUAAAUUGAACUUUGCGUGUUUGUUAAAUUUAAAUAUCAUGUUUUGGAUAUCUUUCAUCUCCGUAAAGAC